AUGGCUUCAGCAAAUAGCAUUAUCACAUUUGAUCUUACUGAGACAUUUCUGUGGUUGGGAAAAUCAUCAUGGAGUACUGUGUUUUUAAUCUGCUUUGCAGGGGUGAUUACAGUCUAUGUUUAUGCAAGGCUACCCACAUGGAAAUUGCCCAACAUUCCCAGUCCCCCUGAAUCAUGGCUGUUUGGCCAUUUGCCUCUCAUUGCCAAGGGUGGGCCUGAUGUUUUUAUUAGCUUGGCUCGCAAAUAUGGUCCAAUCUACAGGUUUAACUUUGGAAGGCAGCCAUUAGUGAUAGUGGCAGAUGCAGAGUUGUGUAGAGAGGCAGGGAUUAAGAAAUUCAAAUUUCUGUCAAAUAGAAGUAUUCCCUCACCCAUUGCUGCUUCUCCUCUCCAUCAGAAGGGACUGUUUUUUACCAGGGACUCAAGAUGGUCAUCAAUGCGUGGCACGAUCCAAUCCCUGUACCAACCCAGCCGAAUAGCCAAUCAAGUACCCCUCAUGGAACGCACAAUCUGCAUCCUCAAAGACCAUCUCUCCACCAAAGAUGAAAAAGAAGACAUAAAUUUCUCAGAGCUCCUCCUGAAGGUCGCUACAGACAUCAUCGGAGAGGCAGCCUUUGGCGAGAGGUUCGAUCUCACACAAUCCACAUCUGUACAUCCAGUCCAAGAGGAAGUCUCAGAAUUUGUGAAGCAGCACGUCUAUUCCACAACUUCUCUAAAAAUGGACCUCACUGGAACCUUCAGUAUAAUAAUGGGGAUCCUGUUCCCAAUUGUACAGGAGCCCUUUCGACAAAUCCUCAGUCGAAUCCCAGGAACAGGGGAUUGGAAGGUUGAACAGAACAACCGCAAGCUUACAGACAGAUUGAAUGCCAUUGUGGCCAAGAGAAGUAUGGAUUUGGGGUUGGAAUCCAGAACGGAUUUUCUUUCCUCAGUGCUGAAUGCAAGGGAGUCGAGUAAAGAUGUCAGAAAUUUGUUUAGCCCGGAUUAUAUAAGCUCUCUCACUUAUGAACAUCUUUUGGCGGGCUCAGCUACAACUUCGUUUACUUUAUCAAUGGUGUUAUAUCUGGUUUCUGCACACCCUCAUGUCGAGAAUAAAUUGCUUCAAGAAAUUGAUGCUUUCGUCCCCCCAGGCAGAAAUCCCACUGCUGAAGACCUUGACAAAUUUCCUUAUCUUACUCAGGUGAUAAAGGAGGCUAUGCGUUACUACACGGUAUCUCCUCUAAUUGCAAGAGAGGCUAAUGAAGAUGUUGAGAUAGGAGGGUACUUAUUGCCUAAGGGAACAUGGGUAUGGUUGGCCUUAAAUGCACUAGCGAAAGAUCCUAUCUAUUUCCCAAAGCCUGAAAUAUUCAAGCCAGAGAGAUUUGAUCCUAAAUGUGAAGAAGAAAAGAAAAGGCAUUCAUAUGCUAACAUACCUUUUGGAAUUGGACCUCGUGCCUGCAUUGGAAUGAGAUUUUCCCUACAAGAGAUUAAAGUAGCAUUGAUUCAUCUAUAUCAGUUGUUUACAUUUGAGCAUUCUCCAUUGAUGGAAAAACCAUUAGCAUUUCAAUAUGGAAUGGUGCUUUCUCCCAAGUUUGGAGUCAAGCUUCGAGUCCAUCAAAGGAGGACUUACAAGACAAAUUUUUAGUGGAAAAGAACAACAAAUUUUACUAUUAGUAAGUAUAAA